UGGCAACAUUGCACCACUCUCGUCAGCUGUCAAUUUUCUGUCAUAUGUCAAGUUGUCAGUCACCUUGAGCAGUAAUGGCGUCAAAUAGCUAUUCUGUUAAUUUUAUUUAAUUCUCGUUUUAGAUGUAUUUUUUAUUUAGUCUUAGUUUUUCUCGUAACGCUUUUAGGACAGUUAAAUUAAGGUGUUAAAACUGAUUGCUUCAAAAUAUCGAAAAUUAUGUCAGAGGCAGAGGAGGUGCAGCAUCCCACCAGUCCUGCAGAAAGAGACAAGGCUCCAUGCAGAGUGCUUGUCUCGGACCAAGAAAUGGGGGUUUUGACGGCGCUCGAGUGGCAAAACCGCUGGCGACAGCAAGAAUCAUAUGUGACUCUAUUAGAGCGUAAGCCGACACAACAAGAAGGGGAGCUGACAGAGCUGAGACAUACAGUUGAGAAAACUAGGGCCCAACUGACAGACUCUCAGCAAAGGGAAAAGAUUCUUGUGCGUAGGUUGACUGCUAAAGAGCAGGAAAUGCAAGAUUAUGUGGUUAGUAAUUUUAUAUUUGGGUUUUAGUGCUAAGAGUCACUCAAAUGUUCUUAAUAUAUGAGGUAUUGCAAAGUUGAUUUAAAAAAUCUUGUGCAGUUUAGUGGCAAAACUAAAAUGAUUUUUGUUAUAAUUCAAGUGCCCUUUUUAGUGAGUCUGUGCGGGUUAAUCAGUGAUAGUGAAUGAUGAAUAGUGUUUGUGUAUGUAGUGAAAUCAUUUCUUACUAACAAUCUAUUUGGUUUUGAGAGUGUUGCUAUUGUUAUUAUUGUAAACUAAAAGAUAUUCUCACUUGUUUGUAUAUAUCUACCAGGUUUGUUGUAUUUUCUGUUUUAUUGAGCCUUAUGGUUAUUUAUUAAUAUUGUGAAAUGAAAAUGGAUUUGAUGUAGAAAAUCAAUUUUGUUCAUAGUAUAUAGCUAAAUUUAAAAAAAAAAUGUUAUAUUUCAUGUAUACCAUUUUCCAUAUAUUUUAAUGUGGUAUCUAGAAUUUAUUUUUAAAAUAUUUAAUUUAUUCAUAUGGCUUAUAAUGGUAAACAAAUCUAUUUUUCAUUACUUACCAUUAGUCUCCUUCAACUAGAAUUCAACUCUACAACAAAAGUAUGUUGAUCUUUGCAUACUAUAUAUUUUUAUACCAUAAUGAUGCAAAUACUCUUAAUUUGUAUUACAAAAUAUUGAAAUCAAACAUACACAAACAAUUUAUACUUAUUUGUUGAUAAAAGAUGCAAGGAAAUAACAUUUACCUUUUUGCAAUUUUAUUACAGUAUUGUACAAGUAUGUCAUAACUCAUUCAUAUCAAAACUUGUGACUCUGUGUUGAUGCAUUUUAGAUAAUUACUGGAAAUUGACUAUUCUGUGAAGGCUGUGAACAUAUAAUAAUACUAAAAUUCUUGCUUUGAAUAAAUGCAAGUGAAAUUCACAAAAAGUAGAUUUUCAUUAUACAAGAAUAUCUACAAAUUUGGUUGAUUAUAAAAAAGCAGUGUUAUGGAUGGAAGAGCCACAUUGAUAUAAAUAUUCAUUAAAACGUUAAGAUUGCUUUUGUCAAUCUUGUACACAAAGAAGCAUCCUAUUACGUUGCAUGUUUGUGCUAUCUUUCAGUGAAGUGCAAAAUAAUAGUUCUAAAAAAUAUUUUAUUAUAUUUUUUAGGUUUUUUAUGUAUUUUUUGAACCUUUUAUCAGAAAAAGUAUUGUUUAUUAUUGCAUGAUGUGUAAGUGUCAUAGAUGCACAUGUGUAUGUAUAAACAUGGCAUCUUAUUUUUGUUGUUA